AUGCCACAGAAAGUCGUGGACACGCCAUAUCCUCCUAUAGAUGCAGACCCGCACGCCUCGAGGGUUCUGCGGUACAUGCGACCGUCAGACUAUGCAGUUUGGGCCGCCGCAACCGCCGCGUUUCCUUCAGCUUUGUACUUCUGGGAUAUGGCAGACCCCUCGCGCGUCAAGAUGACUUCUGCCUACCGGCUAGGUGGGACCAUGGGCUUCAUUGGAGGGUUCUUGUUGGCCUACCAGAGAUCCAGUUUGCGCUUCUGGGGCUGGACGGAGAACAAGCGCGAGGAGGAUAUGGAUAUUGCAGAACUUAGACAGCUUGCCAAGGAAGGGAAGCCGCUAUACGGCGAAUCCCAUCAACCUGAGUGGGUACAAGCUUCGGCGUACAGGAAUUCGGUUUUCUCGCAACUCAAAUUCGCUGCGUUCCCUAUGUUCAACCUAGUCCACCAUCCAUUCCACGGCUCCAAUACUGAGAAGUAUAAACAAGAGUCGGAGGAUACUAAAGAGGAAUCGUGA